AGAAGCAUAACAGAAGAUGGGCCAGACAGGGUCCCUGUUUUGUGGGCCAGCUUACCUGAACAGCACUGCUACCUCACCAGGACAGCUGCUGCCCAUAAGGAACAGCACAGAAGGACAGCCCAAGGUCAUCACAGCUGACCAGCCGUUUGGCAAUGAAUGCCUAGUGGAUGGCCUGAACCUUAUACCACAUGUAGCCUUCUUACCGCUGGCUGUGCUCUGUGCUGCCCUGUAUGCCAGAUGCUGUCGCCAUGGCAACAGCUACCAGGACAAGAGAGCGUGGGUCUUGUUCCCGGGGCACCACGUGCGAUGGGUGAUCACCUUUGUUCUGCUGUUUGUCACUCUUUGCGAGAUAGGAGAAGGAGUGCUGUCAGACAGUUUCACCCCCGGCCACCACCCCCACCUGUAUGUACCCUGGAUCCUGGCCUUUCCUGCUACCGUACUGGCCGGGGCCUUCUACCAUCAGAUUGAGAUGUCCAACUAUCCCCGCUUGCUUCCCCUCCUGGGCAUCUACAACAUCCUGUCUGUAGUCUUCAAGUUUGACAGACUGCACCAUUUGGUGGGCAGGGGUGUUGGCUUGGGCAGCCUGAGGUUGGACCUGACCAUUGCUUCAAUAAUUCUGUACCUCCUGAUGGUACUGCUGGAGGGAUAUGUGAUGUACAGAAAGCGUUACCUGACCUCCCAUCCAAUCAGUGACCCCGUACCAGACGACCUGCUGCAUGGAGACGUGCGUUACGUGCUUCCGUACGUGACCCUCCCAUCCCGCAUCACACAGUCUUGGCACAACUGGCUGAUGCGUCUUGGGUACAAAGUGCCGCUGCAGUUUCACCACCUGGGAAAACUGCCUCAGGACUACCAUGCCAAACCAGUGUAUCACCACUUCAGAGAGGUUUACGAAAGAGAAAAGGAAAAAGCGGCAAAGAACAAGAAGUCUGUGUCCCUGUGGAAGGUGAUUUUUCUGGCGUUUAGCCGACAGUUCAUGAAGACAGGACUGCUGAAGCUGACCUCUGACAUCUUCACCUUCAUCAACCCCCUGCUGCUGAGGGGCAUCAUCACGGCUGUCAUCGGCGCUGGGCUGGCCGCGGAGGGGGGAACUGCUGUACAGCAGGGUCCUUACCUGGUUAGCCUGGGGGAGUUCCUGGGAAAUGGGUACAUCUUGCUGGUUCUGCUGCUGCUCUGCACACUGCUGAAGUACACGUUUGAACAGAUGUCAGUCUUCCUCAACUUCCAACAAGGAGUCCAGCUCAGGACUGCCAUGCAGACCCUGGUAUACACCAAGAUCCUGCGGCUGUCGUCCUGGGUGCUGGGGAGUGGAAAGGUCACGGCAGGUCAGGUCAUGAACCAUGUCAGUAUGGACGGGAUGAUGCUCAUGUUCUUUGCUGCCCUGUUUCACCACACAUGGUCCAUGGUGCUGCAGACUGUAGCGGGAGCUAUCCUUCUGUACUACCAGCUCGGCUGGAGUGCCCUGAUUGGUGCCAGUAUCAUCCUCUGUAUGCUGCCGGUCAACUACAAGAUCGCCAGACAACUGGAAAUUGUCACCAAGACUAAAUUGGCUGUUUCAGACCAAAGGAUGAAGAGAAUCAAUGAAACUAUCCAGGGCAUCAAACUGCUGAAGCUGUACGGUUGGGAACACAUCUUCUCUGACAACGUCAUCACGGCCAGGAACAAGGAGGUCAAACAGAUGUACAGGAGGGCAUUCUGGGAGAUUCUCACAUUGUUCAUCACACAAGUGACACCCGUAACUGCAACACUCAUUGCCUUUGGAACGUACGAGUUCUUCAGCCACAAACAGCUGACCUCGGCUGACGCCUUCACAGCGCUCUCCCUGUUUAACAUCAUGGCCAUGCCCCUCAUCAUCUUCCCCAUCGUCAUACGUACCAUGACUAACGCCCGCGUUGCCAUUGAGCGGCUCGUACCCUUCCUGGAGUCUGCCGAGGUGGAGGCCAUAGGAGACAUGUCUCGUGUUGAUGUGGACGGGGAAGGGAAGGGUGGAAGGGAUGGAGAGGACAAACACAGGAACACUGAGAGGGACUCACUUCUGAAUGGCCAUGAGCAGAUUGAGCUCACAAAACACACGCCUGUGGAAGGGGAACUGUCUGAUGAUGUAGCCAUUCAGGUUCGAGAUGGGAGUUUCACCUGGGAGUUGGACUCUGAAGUAGCCAAUGUCAGUAACAUCAACCUGUCCAUUCCUAAAGGUAAGCUGACAAUUGUGGUGGGCCAGGUGGGUUGUGGGAAGUCCUCCCUGCUGUCGGCCAUCUUGGGAGAGAUGACAACUCUGUCUGGUCAGGUGGUGUGGAACAAGAAGCAUAACAAGGUUGCCUAUGCUGCCCAGAGACCCUGGCUGCUGAACGCAUCGCUCAGAGACAACGUCAUAUUUGGUCUGCCAUUUGAUCGAUCAAGGUAUCAGCAGGUAAUCACAGCCUGUUGCCUUCAGCCUGACAUUGACAUUCUGCCUGGUGGGGACAUGACGGAAAUAGGAGAGAAGGGCAUUAACCUGAGUGGAGGACAGAAACAGCGAAUCAGCGUAGCUCGGACUCUGUAUGCAAAAACUGACAUCGUCUUCCUGGACGAUCCACUAUCAGCCCUGGAUGCCCAUGUGGGGGGCGACCUGUUUGAGAAAGGCAUUAUGGGACACCUGGUGAGGGAACGUCGGACGGUCGUCCUGGUAACCCACAAGCUGCAGUACCUGGAGCACGCGCACUUCGUUGUUGCCAUGGAUGGUGGGCAAAUCCAGACUACAGGGAGUAUGAGAGAGAUUCGGGAAUCAAACCCUGAACUGUACAACAACUGGAAGGACAUCAUCCUGGAGGGCCACAGGAAGGUGGCAGCAGGGCUGGGGAGGAAGGAACGGGAACGGCUGCUGUCUCACAGCAGUGUGGGGUCUCGCUCGAGCCUGCAGUCCGGGGGAAGCAUGAGUGGCAGUGAUGAUGAAGAGGAGGCGUCAGCGGAGGCAGAGCGGGCUAAGCUGCUGCGUCAGCUGUCACGACAGUUCUCCGCAUACAGCGUAAGGUCAAGGGUCGGGUCAGUGGGGUCAAAGGACAAGGAGGGAGAGGAGGAGGAGCAGGAGGAGGAGGAAGCUGCAAAGGGCAAGCUUGUAAAGCAAGAGGAGCGUAAUGUAGGAGAGGUGGCUCUGACACACUACCUCACCUACGCUGCAGCCUGCGGACUGGUACUGGUGGCAGUCGUGCUGUUCUUACAGGUGAGUAAACAAGGCAUGCAGGUGGGCAUCGACUUCUGGCUGUCCACCUGGUCAUCUGCAAGUACAGUCACUGCCAUGGCAACCACUCCUGUCAUCAACAUGACAGCUGUCAAUCAAACAUGGGGGAACCUCACUCAGCCACCUCCAGGCCUGGACACCAGUUAUUACAUAAACGGCUACACAGCGCUGUCAGUCACAGCCAUCCUGCUGGCUGCUGUCAGCUCCAUCAUCAGUAUGCUGUCCAUGGUGGUGGGAGCCAAGCGCCUGCACGAAGGGAUGGUCAGGAACAUCGUACUUGCUCCUAUGAGGUUCUUUGACACUACCCCUACUGGCCGAGUGCUGAAUCGUAUGUCAGAGGACCAAAGUGUCAUCGACAUUAGGUUGCCGUUUCAGAUGGAGGCUCUGAUCCGGACCUCCCUCAUGGUGACCUCUGCCCUGGUGGUGAACGCCGUUGUCACCCCCUACUUCAUCAUUGGCGCGGUCCCCAUCGUUAUACUGUACUACUUCGUCCAGAAGUUCUUCAGAGCAACGGCAAGAGAACUACAGAGGCUGGACAGCAUCAACAAGUCCCCAGUGUUCGCUCACGUCUCUGAGACAUUAGGGGGACUGUCCACUAUACGUGCCUUCAGAGUUGAGAAGAGAUUUAAAGACAACAUCAUGGAGAAAGUGAACAGGUCCAACACACCGUUCUACUUCCUCACAGCCACCAACUCAUGGGUGGGCCUGAGAAUGGGUUACAUGGGAGGUGUUAUAGUGUUUAUUGCUGGUUUGUCAGCUAUGGUGGCUUCCAUAUUUGGUGCAGUGUCUUCUGGGAUGGUGGGACUGUCCAUAACAUAUGCUCUCAAUCUGCAGCAGUAUUUGCACUGGGUAGUGAGGAAUUACUGUGAAGUUGAGAUGAUGAUGAAUGCAGUGGAGAGGAUCACCUUCUACAGCACCAUUCCUACAGAACAGUACAGGGACAGGCAGAGAGGAAAUGUUGUCCCAGCGGCUGACUGGCCAGCCUGUGGGGAGGUUCGACUGGACAAGAUUUCUGUCCGAUACGACAAAACCCUGGAUCCCGUCCUCCACACUGUCACAGCCUCAUUCAAACCUGGGGAAAAGGUUGGCAUCUGUGGCAGAACAGGCAGCGGGAAAUCUUCCCUCACUCUGGCUCUCUUCAGGAUGAUCGACAUGUUUGAAGGUAAAAUCUGCAUAGAUGGAGUGGACAUCAGCCGUGUGCCCUUGACCCUGCUGAGGUCACGCCUGUCAAUCAUCCCUCAGGACCCCGUGCUGUUCAGUGGUACCAUCAGGUUUAACCUUGAUCCUGAGGAUAAUGUCAGUGACUGGGAGCUGUGGAGGUCACUGGAGAUCGCACAGCUCAAGUCUGUCGUUACUGAGCUGCCAAACCAGCUGGAUGAGAUGGUGACAGAAGGAGGGGAGAAUUUCAGUGUUGGUCAGAGACAGCUGUUCUGUCUAGCCCGAGCGUUUGUCCGGAAGUCACGUAUCCUCAUCAUGGACGAGGCAACAGCAUCUAUCGACAUGGAAACGGAUGCUAUCUUACAAGAUGUGAUCAAGACAGCAUUCAGGGACAGAACAGUUCUCACUAUCGCUCACCGUAUAGCGACGAUCCUGAACUCUGACCGGAUCCUGGUUCUGGACCAGGGGAAGUUGGUGGAGAACGACUCGCCACAAAACCUGCUGAAGAAACCAGACGGCCUGUUCACGGCACUGGUCAAGGCUAAUAAAUAGGGAGGAGGAAGUAAAGCUGCAGUCAAACCUGUACUUGUCUGGUGACAAGUAUCAAGUAUCAAGUGACUACAUCUGCAUAUAGGAUUCCUUGGCCACUGAUAUACAGUCAUAGCCUGAGUGUCAGACUUGUUAGCUUUUGUCCGCUCCCCACCAGAGUGGAUGAAAGCUAGGUUAAACAAGGCUGACACUCAGGCUAAUACAGUUAAAAAUCCUUUACUUGUGACCAACUUUACAUAAUGACUGCCUGGCCACUUAUAUAUAGUCAAACCUGUACUAGUGACCACCUGUGUAUAUUUAGGACUAUCUGGCUACAUUGUGACCACUUUUUGGUGGUCCAGUACAUGUAACUACUUUAGUAUUUUUCCAUCCAUUCAAGCAUAAAAGAACCCUAAUUUUAUUGGCCACCAGACCAAAUGAUUAAUAUGCAAAAGUACACUGAAUAGUCAAUCUUGACAGGUUUGACUAUAUACAAGAAUCUUGUAUAUCUACAGUUAUGUUACAUGUCCCAAGUUAUAGUUUCUAUUUGUUAUUCAGUUUGUUCAUCUGUUAUCACAUUGUUCAUGUUGAUAAUUUAUUAACAAGUGCAACUAUAGCUACAACCACCCAUUCCAACACAUUGCCAGCAUUAUGUGUUAUGCAAAAUCCGGCUGCCAAGAAGAGAUUCUAAAACACUGUACUACAUGACACAAGGCCAGCAAGGAACAAGUUCAUCAGAGAUGGCAGACUUCAUCCCCUUACUCAUACUGUGAGGUACUACUCUCAUCAUGAAAGUGUGAAAGGGAGCAAAGUUGGAAGAAAUCCAACUUUCUAGUUAGUUUGGUUGCAUGAGAUUUCCUUGGAAACAUAAUAUUAUAAAAAGAGAUUACAUUUAUAUUGAAUUAUAAUUGAUGCAGCAUAAAAUUUAUAAGGACCAAAAAGUAACGAAUA